GGGAAAAGGAAUACUUUUGGUUCAGCCGCCACGUACACGUUUCACAUAAUAAAACGAACAAAUCAACGAGGAAAAAGCGCCAUACUUUUCCUUAAAUAACAAGCAUUGUAGGCAAAAAACAAACUUUUAUUAAAAAAAUUUGCCCUUAUUUCCCUUGAAUUACCUCUUAUUUUCCUGAUUCCCCUCAGUUUUCUAUUUCUGUUCCUGUCUCUCUAUUUCCUUCUUAGUCUCUACAAUUAUGAACCGUAUCUUAGUGAUUGGAAGCUUAAACGCCGAUUUGGUGAUGAGAACAAAGGCUUGUCCCAAAGCUGGCGAAACUGUGCAUUCGUUGGAUAAUGGUUUCUCUCAAGGUCUUGGAGGAAAAGGUGCGAACCAAGCUGUUGCUGCUGCUAGAAUGACACCAGACGACAAUACAAAGGUGAUGAUGGCAGGAUGUGUUGGAGAAGAUGCUUUUGGACGCACAUUAUUGGAAGGGCUUCAUACAGACAAAAUUGAUACCUCCCAUGUUCAAUCCGUGAAAGGCAUUUCUACCGGUGUCGCUAUGAUUAUCGUCGAGCAAACAGGAGAGAACAGAAUCUUGUUGUCUGCUGGAGCGAAUGGCCUCGUGGACGAGACUUACGUUGAUAAGUUGGAAAGUGUCAUUGCCGAAAGCGACAUGAUCAUCCUUCAACUCGAGAUUCCAAUCGCCUCUGUAGCGAAGGCUCUUGAAAUUGCCAACAAACACAACACUCCCGUCUUACUGAACCCUGCACCCGCGUUCUUCCUGUCUGAUGACAUGCUCAGUAAGUGCGACUACCUUGUGCCCAACGAACAUGAAGCUGCCAUCGUGCUCAAUGAAACAAAUGUAGACAUCACGGUUGACAAUGCCGAAAAGUAUGCCCUUCGUUUACUGGAAAAGGGUGUUCGGAAGGCUGUGAUCAUUACAUUAGGUAGUCAUGGCAGCUACUUUGUUUCUCGUUCUGGUGCUAAAGGCUUCCUUCCAGCUGCUAAAGUCAAAGCCGUUGACACUACUGGUGCUGGCGAUACAUUCAUUGGCGCUUUUGCCAACCAGAUUGUUUCGGGAAUUGACUUGAAAGCGGCUCUGGAAUUCGCAACCAAAUGCAGUGCAAUUACCGUACAACGAGCUGGUGCCCAAAGUUCAAUUCCCACGUAUUCCGAAGUUGUUUCUAUGAAUUAAAUGAAGUGAGCAUGAAAUACGCCUUUUUUUGAACAGUUUGUCCUACUUUCCUUUUUUUGUGUUUUAUUUUUAUUUUUUUUUAUUUUUAUUUUUUGUUUUUUUUUUUACUGUUUCUGUAUAUCCUUAUAAUAUAUAUUCCAAUAGUACCUUUUUAACUAUUUUAUU